AGAGUCCUCCUGUAGACUUAGAGCAAAGGAGGAACUGAAACUGAACAGAAAGGGCAGGAAGAGUAAAGGACCAACAAGCUGAGGACGUGCUGGCGGAGUCAGAGAGGAGCACCUGAGCUGGGUCAGGUAGAGACCGCUGCUAAAUCGCUUCAAGUCUAAAUCAGGGGGACCUGCACUUCAAGACUGGGAAAGACUCAGAUUGGGGAAUGCAGUUUGAACCUUUCAGAUGAGCGGACUGGAGACCUGACUCAGAGCGUUUCUCGGUUCAAACCCAGUUUUGGUGGAGCCUGCAGCCGUUCGAGCCACUGCUGGAGUCUGGAUCAUUAACCCAGCGUGAGAACCAGCAGGAGAAAACCAGCGAGAAAGAAAAGCUGUUUCAGCCCACCCUCAGCUUGAUACGCUCCUCCUCUGUGCCUCCUCUUUUGCCCCCUACCCUCCCUUAAACACCUCACCCCCCCCCCACCAACAGAGCAGAAAGCGUGAAAAAUCUCACUAAUGGCUGUAUUUGCUGUCAGAUCUGCACCGGUCUGCCGUUCCCCUGGACCAAUCUGCUCGACACAUUUCAUAGUUGAGUAAGCCUCCUCAGCUUUCUGGCUAGACUGAACAGUGCCCCUGCGCUGGCUGAGAGCUCAUCAAGAGGGGAGGAACAGCAGCAGACUGACAGACUCCUGGACUAGGAGGCCCUUAGCUGCAUUCUUCCAGUCUCCUUCUAGCUGCUUGUGUUUGUGAGCCUCGUGGGCAUCUUCAGCUUCAGUCCAACCACGCAACCGGCCCACCCCCUGCAAGACGUGGCUUUAAAUUAUUUUUUGGUUUGUUUUUUGCACACACUUUGGUGCUGAUCAAGAGAGCAUGAAGAUGUGGUGUGGGGUUCGGCCUUUGGCCACGAUGGCUGUCUUGUUGUGGAUUCAGUGCAUCUUUCUGCGUGGGGUGGACGCCAAAAAGGAGAGAAAGAGGCCGAAGGAGGCCGCGCCACAACACACCGAGACGUAUAACUCAACUCUGUCCAACAGCGAAGAGGUUGACGGGAGCAUCAAGACUUCUGAAAACCAAAGAGUGGAUCCUUUGGGGUCAUGGAUGGAUUUUGUCAAAAGACCUGUUGGAAACUUCCCUGGAAAAUGUCGCAAGUGCAAACGGCCUCUGCCUGGUCCACCUGGUCCUCCAGGUCCUCCAGGCCCUCAGGGACCACCUGGCUUCCCAGGAGCUGAAAUGACCCAGGAAGUUCUCCUACAGGAAUUUAAAGAAAUGAUAAAAGAGGCUACAGAAAGACGAGCAGCUGCUCUCGAUGAUCAAACCAUUCCCAGUCAGCUACCCACAGCCAUCUUCAGCCUGGAUGCGAAGACCUCCUGCCGCAGGUUAGAAGUCGCUUUCCACUGCAAGCUCAAGGGACCUGCGGUGGUGGACAAGAAGACGCUGGUGGAGCUCCAGAACUUUCAGACACCACCCACUAAAGGAGCUUUCCUCCGAGGGACUGGAAUGGACCAGACCACUGGGAGGUUCACAGCCCACACUGCGGGGAUCUACCAGUUUUCUGCCAAUGUCCACAUCGAUCACAGUAAGGUGAAGAGGAACAAAAGUCAGCUGAAGGCCAGAGAAAAUGUCCGCGUGUUGAUCUGCAUCGACUCACUCUGCCACAGAUACACUUCACUGGAGAUGAUUGUUGGAUUAGAAAGUAACAGCAGGAUAUUCACUGUCAGUGUGCACGGACUGCUGGAGCUACAGGCUGGCCAGUACACAUCCAUAUACGUGGACAAUGCAGCUAGUUCUUCCAUCACUAUACAGAAUGGUUCAGACUUCAUGGGCAUCCUGCUCGGCGUAUAACCUCACACCCAGGAAGGGCAUUCUCAGAGCUGCCAGCUGGUGGCUUUUUGCUAUUGUAUCUUUGAAUAAACUGCCUCUGAAAACAUGGACUCAAGAGCAAACCACAGGGGACUUCUGAAGAAAGAAAAAAUGGCUGACAUUGACUUUACUGCCUAUAAGCUGAAAAAAGGACAGUGUGAACAACUCAAGGGAUGAGUUUUUUCUCAAUGCACUUUCUCUUCCUCCACACACCUAGAUGCAUGUUGCUUCAUCAACAAAAUGACCUAUAAAUCAAAAGGAGUUUGGAAAGUUGCUGUCUAUUUUGCAGUAAAUCACACAUUUGCUCUUUUUACGUCAAAGAAACAUGAAAUAAUAUGGCUUUCUACGUACUUUACUUUGAACUAUUAUGUGAACAGUUAUAAUUCUGAAUGAAUUUUUCACAGUUAUAUAUUCAUUAUAUAUAAAUAUAUUAUAUGUUCCAUAAUAUAUUAUAUGGUAUUUAUCAUAUAUUAUAUGGUACAUAGACUCUGUGAGUACACUGGAUAAUUGAUGUCUGAAAGCCUUGCAUGAUAUAAUCAAUAAAAUGUUCUUGUUUUUCUGAAUAUCGCAGUAACUACUGAGAAGAUUCUGCGCUCACAUCCACAGACCCCAAACCCACACUCCUACGAACCAUUAGGGCCGUGAUAUACUUGCUGUUUAACGAGGUGAACGUGUGUUUAAAACGGCUGCCACACAUCACAUGCGUUGAUCUGAAGCGUGGGUUUUGUGUGUCCUGGAAAUUAACACGAUGCGUCCGGACGCUGCAUUACACGAGUAACCAGUAGGUGGAGUUGACGAAACGAGCGAGACACACUCACCAUGGUGACUGUUUGUGGUUUAGAGGUCUUCCACGCCAUCUACGAUACCGCUGCUGUCUUUUUUUCCUGUCGUGAUCUCAAAAUUAGCCAGUUAGUGAGCUUUUUAUUGACUCCAUGUUUGUUUUGGUUGUUCCCACAAACCCGACUCUCUAUAUGGUCUGAGUUGUCUUGUGUGCCCCCUGGUGGAACACUCCAGUACUACAUACAGUGCAGUGCCAUGUAAAUGACAAUGAUAAAUGACCCGCACUUGUGUAGCGCCUUUCAGUGUGAGGACUCCAAAGUUUUUUACACUAUAGUGUAUCAUUCAUCCAUUCACACACACAUUCUCACACUGAUGGUGAUGAGCUACAAUGUAGCCACAGCUGCCUUGGGGCGCACUGACAGAGGCGAGGCUGCCAUAUAGAGGCGCCACCGGUCCACCGGUCCCUCCGACCACCACCAGCAGGCACGGUGGGUUAAGUGGGCAAGAUGCAGCAGAAUUCUCUGUCCGGAGCGGGGAUCGAACCUACAACCUUCCGAUUACUGGACAACUGCUGCCCCUACUGCUGUAGCAGCUGGUAUGUGAACAAAGACUCGCCAGCGCGAGGUUAAACAGCAAGUAUAUUCCAGCCCUACGUCUCUGUUUAGGGCCUAAAUGUUUUAAAGUCUUUUGAAUUCAAUUCUAUCCAUACUUCGUUCUGAAUUUGUUGUUGAUUGACUUUUCAAGUCAAAGAUUUUUUGCUCAUUGAAACCAAAUACCUCAGUGGUACUUAGGUGCUAAUCAGAACAUGAUUACACAUUAAUCCAACUUUUUUUUUUGAAAUUCUAAAUUUUAGAACUUGUUUCACAAGAUUCAUCAUCAUGUCUUAAAUUUAGUUGUGUACGCUUGUGCAUCUGCACAGAAAAAGGUGCUUUUGAGGCCUUUAAUUGAUGCUUUUAGAAAAUGACAACCAGAUGGGGAAUUUGGUGGGUACUUUGGUAAGACCAUGGAGAACCAGUAAAAGGUUGGAUAACUGUGUUAGUGGCAUUGUUGUGGACAGUGAAUGAAUCCAGCCAAUCUCCUUGCUGGAUACUGCUCCAGAAAAUCUCUGUUACUUCUGGGUGUCCGAGUCAGCACGAGUCCCAGUCCCAACAUUGUCCUGCACUCUUUUAUUUUGGAUUAAUUGUGACAAAAAGUAUGAGUUUUUUUUCUUUUUUUUUUUCUUAAAUUUGGUUUAACUUUUGUAUUUAUCUGACUGAUUUUCCUUUCUUUCUGUUGUUUGUGAACUAUACUUUAAAAAAAAUUUUUUUUACACAUUUGCAGUGGUCUAGGAGUGAACGCCUUGUAAGCCGUACUCUGGGAACAAAAAGCUCACGUGCUCCUGUUUGAGGACAUAGAAAUCAGCUGGAGGAGAAAGCUUCAGACGGCAGGAUUGGAUUCUUAUUUCCUGAUAUUUGGGCCUCUCGUCUCUGGUUGGAUAACAGCAACAUAACUUCGCCACUGUUUCAUCUCCACAAAUAACACAAACCUGAAGAAGUUCUGACAUGUGGAGUUGCUAAUGCUAACGGUUAGCUCCAACUAGCUGAGAGUUCUCUGUUGUUUCCUGGACGCCAAACCAACAACAGCCUUUCCUGUCUGAAGUCAAGAUGGGUGAGUUCAUGAAUGUUAAGUGACAGUGUGACGUAGAUCUGUCAGGAUUUUCUAAUCCUAGAAUUUCAGCGUCUAUUUUCUAUCAAAAGCUAAUGCAGGAGAUGGGCGUAGGACUGUUUCGUGUUCAGCAGCAUAUGUGAAACGCAGAGUGACCAAUCGUUUUCAAAAAUAGAAAAUAAAACACGAUUUCUUAGUGAACCUGCUCUUUAAGGUUUUCGCCUCAUAAUAAAAGUCCGCCUUAUUCUUCUGCUGUCCUAGUGGCUUUGACAAAACAUCCUAUAGGUGCGUUUACUGCAACCUACCGUAGACGUCUGUCAGAGUCAACAUGCAAGCUCAGUGGUGCUGCAAGGUUGUCAUGGAGCCAAAAGAACAAAGACCUGCUGUCUAGCCCAGACAAGCAAGCACGUGGUCUUGAGCUGGUGUGACAAGAUUUCGAGGUGGUUUUUGGAGCCAGUGAGGAGCUGUGGCUGGUCUCUCACACAGUGGUUGGGAGGGAGGUGAAGGCCCUAUCAAAGAGUGUGAGAUGACCAGCAGUGCUGUCAAAUGACAGUCUGCCACUGUCUCAAUAUUGUUGUGGUUCCGACUUGGUUCAAAGUUUGUUGGCUAUUUGGGAGUCCUUGGAGGCCUGUAGCAACCGCCUGCCCUACCUACAGGCACGGCGUCCAUGAGCAAGCUGAACCUGAAUUCUCUACACAACGAUUUUUAAAAAUGGACUACAAUGUUUUGGGUUGUUUUGGUGUUAUCUGAAUGAAACAUAUUUUUUAGAAACAUGGUCAAAUUAACAAGGCUAUUUUAAAAAUGACAACUUUUUGUAAUCGAUUACUUUGUUCUUUUUUUUACACAGUUUAGUAAAAAAAAAUUUGUUUUCAUGGUUUUUGUUAGCGUCACUUCCGUUUAUCCGCAGGCAGCAGAGGACGGUGUCGCCCUCAACUGCCCGCGUCCUCCUUACUGGUGACACGUCUCUGUUCAUGGUUUUGAGUCCACGUCUCCUUAUUUCUAUUGCUUAUUUUUGUGGUUCUGUGAUUGCGAUCCGUGUGUUGUCCCAGUUCAUUACAUUAUUUCCCCUUGUGCAGUGAUCUGUUACAGCUGAUUUCUUUAUUGUACUGUCUGUUUCUUGUCUUGCUGCUGUUGUGUGUCUUCGACUUGUUUGCUUCUCACACUCUCUUUGAUGUUCUAUUUUUCAUGUGUCGAGUUGGCGACCGGUUUCUCUUACAUAUGUUUUAUCGCAGAGUUUACAUGGUAUUUCAUAUAUGACUCCAUAUUUUUAAUCUUGGGUGUACUAAUUUUUUUCUGAAUGUCAUGUAUGGUUUUGUUGGUGUGUGGAUAUUAUGUUUUUUCAUUGUUAUAAUUUUUCGCCCUCUGCUGUCCGCGGAUAAAGGGAAGUGAUGCCACCAACACUGCAAACUAUGAUGAUGACUAGAGGCCUUAGCUUUUUACAAAACUGUGUAACAAAAGAACAAAGCAAUGGGUUACAAAGUUAAACACAGAGAUAAUAUACAAAAGAAUACCUUUUGUUUUUAAAGAACUCUGUUUCCAUGUAUAAUGUUAAUUUUUGUGUCGGAUAAAUGAACAAUGAUCAUUUCCCAUUCACUUUUCCUGGCAUUAGUGAGAGAAAAAAUAGUUUUCUGUGUAAAACAUCCAAGAAUCAUGAAUAAAGCAAGGCGGUUGGUUGUAGAGAUCUGUUGUGCCUCAGCAGAUCCAGGGAUGUUAGGUCUGAAAAGGUCUUUCCACGCUUAAACACUUGCUAAAUGGAAACUUUCGAACAUGACCAGUAGGUGGUUUUUAUUUUUGAUGGAUAGUUUCUUACAUUAUCAGGUGUUUUUUUUCUAAGGGGGGUUCUGUACAACAAAAUCAGUGUUGCUGCGUAUUUCCUAAUGAAAAAGAAAACCACACAUGAAAUAAUGAUUACAUUAUUUUAAAUUUACUUUCUGUUGCGUCCACAUUUUCUGACUGUUUUGUUCCGUUUGUGGUCAUAUUGUACCAUAAGACACUCUAAUAAAGCUGCCAUUCAUUUUUC